GAAAAAAUUGAAGAGAGAGAGGGAUGGAAUUCGGAGGAGGAAAUGGAGGCUUCCAUGGCUACCGCAGGGUGCUGCCACAGAACAGCUCCGCCGGUACAAAAGCACCAGAGAUGCCUCCUCAGAUGAACCAUAAUGCAAACACCAUUGAUGAUAUUGAAUGCACCGUUCGGGAGCAAGAUCGCUUCAUGCCAAUAGCGAACGUCAUCAGAAUCAUGCGUAAGAUCCUCCCUACACAUGCAAAAAUAGCAGACGAUGCUAAGGAAACUAUCCAAGAGUGCGUCUCUGAAUUCAUCGGGUUCAUCACUAGCGAAGCUAAUGAUCGUUGCCAGAGGGAGCAACGCAAGACCAUCACUGCUGAAGAUGUUCUUUGGGCCAUGAGCAAGCUAGGAUUUGAUGACUACAUUGAGCCACUGACUCUCUACCUGCAUCGCUAUCGGGAGUAUGAUGGUGGUGAACGUGGCUCGUUGACUGGGGAGCCACUGGUGAAGAGGGCUGCAGCCGAUCCAGGCGCUUAUGGGUACAUGACGUUUCCACCGGUGCCUUUCCCAAUGGCCCCACACCAUGGAUUCUUUGGGGCUCCUCCAAUGAAUGGCUUCCUCAAGGAUCCAUCAAAUGCUGGUCCAUCCCAGGCUGCUGUGGCUGGCAUUGAUCCAUCCCCCCAAUGUAAGGAGCAGGUUUAGAAUUUGCUAAGAGGGGGACGUAAAAGAAAAAUAAAAAAACUGGGAUCUUAUGUAAUGGAUUCACAUAAGUUUUUAUUUUGGGUAUUAGGUAUAAACUAAGCUAGUCUGCUUGCCAACUUUGGAUACUCAUGAAGCAGUAAUGUUGUUUAUGAUUUCAUGAUUUUCAUUGCU